GUUCUGCAUAUUUAAGUGGUUGCUUUUUUUUGGGACACCCUGUAUAAUGUAAUUUAGCAUUGUUAAAAAAUAGAAGGUCAAUAUCGAUGAGGAAAUUACUUGGGGAACAUGUCACAUAAAAUGAUGUGUAAAGUAAAUAUUAUUAUGACCCUUCGGAAUCACAAAAUUACUUUUCCUGUCAUGAGGUGACAGCCCAUGGGAUUUCCUCCGAAACAAUAGUAUGUCGUACAAGGUUCAAGUGUCACGACUCAAGAACAUAAGUUCUAGGCGGAUACUAGUUUGUGUCAAUCAUUUCUUUGUUAUAUUUUGCUCGGUUAAGCACUUGAAGCCUUACGUCACUAAAAGCUAAAUUCGAUGAAAUUAUUAGUAAAAUAGUUUAUAAGUUGAGAUACGGUUCACAAAGUAAUAAUUUGGUAAUUGUACUUUAUGUUAAUGAUAAUAUCUUAAGUUGUGAACAAGUUUUAACAGUGAUCGAUUAAGUAAAAGACGAACUUGACUAGUGCGUCACCGCCCUUAAGUAAACAAAGUAGGAGAGCUCGACCGACCUUCUAACGCCAACCCACUCUUGCAACCUACAACGCUGACUAGUUGGAUAGAGUGAAUCACAUAAACUUGCACAGGGCGUCUUCAAGAUCCCCUCAAAUUUUAUUAUAAAAGGAGGCGCACAGCAACAGAACCCUCAGUGGACUAGCGAAGUAAAAAGCAUAUGAAACGUUUGAGAAGCUCAGCUUUACAAAACCAACGACCAAAGACAGGGACAGCAACGACGAAUAUUAGAAGAAGAGAAGAGAAGAACGGAGAAAGAAGAGAACAUUAGUGAACUUUAGUAAAACCUUGUAAAGAUCUCCUACCUCGCGUAAAUAGAAAAAAAAGCUACGUAAUAGUAUAUAAUUCACUGAAUUUUCAAUUGACGGGCUGAAUUUUUUCCCUGCAUAAUUUGUGACAGCAGAUCAGUUUUCAGACACACAAGUGAUUCAUUUCCCGUCUCUAACAUCAUUGUGUGCAAAGUGUGUGGAAGCAUGUGAAGGUCAGUAUCGAAAUGUGUGGUCGCAGCGCAGAUAAACGAUACUAUUUAAACUAGCUUGCCUUCCCGAUCUUGUUCACAACAUCCUCAUCUGGCUGUUGAAUUCAGACAAGCAAGAAUAUUAUAAUAUAUUUCAGGAAAGAGAAAGUAUCAAAAGCUUUUGUUUCCGUUUUUGAUCGAAUUUGUGGACAAAAUAUGAAAGCAGAUUUGUGUGUCUUUGUUGUUCUAAGCACAGUUUACUUGCUGUCAAGCUGUGUCCACGCUGGCGAUAAAAUGCCGUCCCAUAUUGUAGUAUGUGCAUCAGAUCACAACACAUACGUCAGUAUACGUUUGAUGAGAAAAACUGCUCGUGACUUCAAUCAAAAGAUUACGAUUGUUCAUAAGGGAUCUUGCGAUCCAAAGUGUGCACAAGUUUGCACAUAUGAAUACAAUCCUCAAUGUGGUACAAACGGCCAGACGUACCCUAAUCCGUGUUCCUUUAAAAUUGCUCAAUGUGAAAGUGAUGGGAGAAUUAGACUGGCCUAUCAUGGAAUGUGUCGACAAUAUCCCAUUCAUUUUGAAAUACGGUGGCGUGAAAUAUGUGGAUCAGAUGGCAACACAUACGUCAGUUUUCCCUUGAUGAAAAAGACUGCUCGUGACUUUAAUCGACCGAUUAGGAUUGCUGGUUGGGGAACUUGCGAUCCUAAAUGUCAGCAAUAUUGCACCUAUGAAUUAAAUGAACAAUGCGGCACAGACGGCAAGACAUACGCUAACCCGUGCAUGUUCAAAAUUGCUCAAUGUGAGAGUGACGGAGCAGUGAGACUGGCUUAUCAUGGAGAGUGCAAAUGAAAUAAAGUACUUGGGAAUGAGAAGUAAACAAGAUUGAAGAAGAUUUGAUGUCAUAUGUUUAGUACAAUUGAUGUGUAGUUUU